ACCGAGCGAGAUAGGUUGGAAGAAGCUCGAAGGCAUCUGGAAAGACGACUUGAAGGUUGCGAGACGGAACUUCGUGGCAAGGAGGAUGAACUUUUUUUGCAGCUGGAAAGGAGUUUGCGACUAGAAGAAGAGAUCGAACGGGCUAAGGCCGAGAGGGACAGUUAUAUGGAGGCGCAAAAUCGACUGGAACAACAACGGGAAUCGGCUUUUCGUCGUUUGCGGAUACAGCUUGAACAGAAUGAAGUCACAAGGCGGGAUCUCGAGAGAGCGCGCCAGGAUGUUAUUCGGCAAGCCACUAUUAUUCGUAUCGAAAGAGACACCUUAGAAAGAGAGAAUGAGAUGUUGCGGCAGAGACUGAGGGUGGAACAGGAUGAAUUAGGAGCGGAACGACGCCGUCGAGAAGAAGGCGUUGCGGCAUUAACGAGAGAGACUAUCGCGUUGAAACACGCGACGCGUCAUUUGAGUGCCGCAACAUUUCAUGCAACAUCUUGCCGGAAUCGUCGCCGAUGUUCCAUCUGCAUAUAUGCUAGGCGCACCUUUGCUAACAUCGACAAUUACCGUGACAAUGGGAAUCUCUUGCAGUGCCUUCAAACGCCCUUACAGGAUCUCCGUAAUUGGUUACGACCUAACGUGAUCUCGUCGGCCUGUUCGUCUCGAAUUCCGCAAAUCGAGCCAUCCAUUGCUGAUCGAGGAAUUUCUUAUAUCGACGAUUCUAGUGUCGAUAGUAGCAGCAAUGGAAGUACUAACAGUCGCAGCUGCAGUAGCAGUACCAGCAGUAGCAACAGCGCUUAUGAUGAUGACGCGUAUUCGAGUACUCGGAUAGCCGAGCCUUCCCUUUCUUCAGCCACUUCCAGUGUCCCACAUGCAGCUAGAGCCUUUUCUUCGGAUUCAGG